AUGGGCAGCUCUUUGUCUGCUCCCCAACAGAAAUUUUUAAAAGACUUAAAAUUUCUCCUCUCCUCCAACGAAUUGGAAGUUCCGGAUGGUGAUUUGAUACAGCUCAUUCUGACUAUCAAAGAGCAUUCCCCCUGGUUUCCUGCAGAUGGGACUUGGGAAUUAAAACUUUGGGACAAGAUCGGGGAACAUUUUCAUGGGCACCCCAGCAUAAGUGUUCGGAUUUUAAAUGCAUGGUGCAAGGUUCGUUAUGCCAUGGACUCCUUAUCACCAAAAAAUAUCUCUAUGGCUGCAUUGCCCACACAACCUUCAGCUUCUUUAAUUCAGCCUGCUGUGUUAGAGACUGUUCCAAUACUUGCUUUGCCAGACCCCAAACCUCCAGACCCCAAACCUCCGGACUACAGUUCCUCACCAGAGGACCUAAUCCUGCAAAAAUACCGUGGUCUGGCUGGCAAUGAUCCUGCUCUUUCAGUGGCAGAACCAGCUACUCCUUUUCAACGUGCAGUCCUUGCCUCUUCCUUAAUUCAGGAUACUAUGGCAUUCCCUGUUAUUGUGCCCCCUGCUGGUGCCCCUGCAGGCACCCAAGCCCAGCACCAACCUUUUGACUUUAAGAUUCUGAGAGAGCUGCAACAGUCAGUAAAGGCCAAUGGACUCCAAGCCCCAUAUACGCAGGCGCUUUUAGAAGCCACAUUAGCCCAGCUCUUGGUUCCAGAGGACAUAAAGCUUUUGGCCCAUACAGUGUUGCCCCCAUCAGCUGGUGUUUUGUUUGCCUACGAAUGGGAAACUGCCUGCCGUGCUUAUGCUCCAGCCUUGUUACAACAAGUCAGAGGAAAUAAUCCAAAUGUUACCCUCGCAGACGUCUUAGAUGCCAUGUUGGGGCGUGGUCCCUUCGCUCAAGCUUCAGUGCAAGCCACACUGCUGCAAAUCUUAUUGAGGGACACUGCUCUUGCUGCUAAACAAGCAAUGAGAAAAAUCCCAGAACCCACCAGUAUUCAGUCAAGGUGGGGUUCAAUCAGGCAAGAGGCAAGAGAAUCAUAUUCUUCCUUUAUGGACAGGCUGCUUACAGCAGUGAGUCGCCAAAUUGAAAAUCCUGAAGCCAAACAAAUAAUUAUCAAACAAUUGGCCUUUGAAAAUGCCAAUGAGGAUUGUAAACUUGCAUUGCGACCGAUAAUACACAAUCCUGCCACAGACACAGCAGCCAUGCUUCACAUUUGUCAGUCUGUUGGAACAGCCAGCCACAAGGCUUAUCUGCUGGCAACAGUGCUAAAUGAAAACCAGCCUGUAGCCACCGAUACAACUUAUUUCCAGGGUGGCAAACCAGGAUCACCGAUACCCCCGUGUGGGUAG